AUGGACCAUCGCGGGAUGAAUUGUUUGCUGGCGGUGAUAGCGUUCCUCAUGCUGGUCGAAUUUGGCCAAACACUAUCGGUCUUGAAGGCGCGACAAGUGACCGACGCGACUAACCAACAGCUGGUCGACCCGGCGAUCACUGACCCCAAGGCUAUCCAUGCCGAUAAGAUAAUGUGGUACACCCAGGAUCCCGACCAACAGGACCAUAUCAGAGCACUGGGAUUAACCGUCACGCAACCUCCCCGUUUUUGUUCUUCUCUUCAUCCUCGCUCAUACACACCUGGAUCAUGCUCUGAAAAACUGCUUCCGUGGAUGGUCUUAACAGCUGCCUAUGGAGAUUAUCGUACGCUAUGUCCGAGCACGUUUGCGGUGGAGGGCAACGAAUUUGAAGUUCUGCAAGAUUUCGAGACGGCGGAAGGACAGAAGGGAUUUGUAGCACGGGUACCAUUCAUGCAAAAAGAUAGUGAUAGUAUUCCGGGGCUCUACAACUCCGCUAGAAUCGCCACUGAUAAUUGGGCAGUUGCCAAGCAGGCCGUUAACGCUACUGGCCUCAAAUUCUCGGUCACUGGCCACGGCAUCGGCGGCUCCGUCGCUCAGCUUGCCGCUCUCGAUCUUGGAACCCAAGGCUUGGUACAUUACGCGCACUCCCAAGCCGCACCGAGAUCGAUGUCACCGACGGCGGCCAGGAUCCUCUCGGAGGUCUUCCAGGGCGAGUCUGGUCAACACGCGGUGGCCAACCACGACUACUUCCCUCACAUGAUACCUCGCUCGAAAGACUUCGUUCGGGUUAACUCUGCCGUCUGGAUCUUCGGUAACCGGACCGAAUGGAUGAGAAAUUGUCACUACUAUGCCGAGAAUAUCGCCUGCUUGGGUAACGGCACCAGCAUCCAAGAUAACUAGUGAAGUCUCAAACCUUUCUCGCGUUCUCUCUCUCCCACUCGCCCCUUCUUCUCUCGUGGUCGAUCUGCAUACUCAUUCCUCUUUCUGUCCUUUCCCUUUUCUUCCCUUCCAAAAAUUAUCUCCGUCCACUCUCGUUAAACGAUAAUUGCGUACAGUUAUUACUUUACCCCGUUAGGGCA